GAAGACUGUACCGACAAUGUAGCUAACAGUUGUUUAUAUACAGGACAGCUGGUCUGUAAGAAUGAUAACAAAUGUUCCUGUUUCAAUACAAAUACUCACUACUGGGAUGCUACAUCAAUGACAUGUAAACCAAAAAAACCAUUAGGAGGAGACUGUUCUGCUGCAAUUGAAUGUCUAGUUGCUAAUUCAGAAUGUGCUACAAAAUGCCAGUGCAGUUUGAGCUUUUAUGACACCAAUAAUGUUGACUUUGGAGGAACAUGUGAACCAUUGGAGAACUUGAAAGUAAGCAACAUUCAACUUAAAACCAGGUCAGAAACAUAUUUGGUGAUACAAUGGACAGCAUCCCAAGCAGUAAAUGCAGUUGAGGAAUACAGAUUUUUAGUUGGAGGAACCUCAUCAGAAGUAUCUGUUGGGAAAGAGCUGGAGGCGAAUGUUACUGGUCUAACACCAGGUGUUAUGUAUACAAUUACUGUUAUUUCUGUAGACUCUAAUAGCAGACCGACUGCACAGAAAACUUCUCCCCAACCUGUUAACCAAGCUACACAGCCUGCAGUACCAGGACCCAUAGAUCUGGUCAACAGUGAUCUCACAGCUUCAGAAAUGCAAAUUACAAUCAGAUGGAAGUCUACGGGAACAGUUAUGUCUUAUACUGUAACUAUCAGUGAACUGGUUAUAAAUCCAGCUGUAGUAAAUGUUCCUUCAUAUGUGAUUGGUGGUAAUGUAGCUAAAAAUGGACACAGAUACACACUUACAGUAAAGGCCCAUAGUAACAGUCUAGAGAGUGCUGAAUAUACAGAGGAGUUUCGAACUGUGAUUACACAACCAAAUCCACCUAUAAUACAAAGUUGUACAGAAAUAAUAUCAACUAGUAUAGAUUUGGUGUGGCAAGAAUCUUUAUUACCAAUUGGAGAUGUCCAGUACUACCUGAUAGACACUAAUGGUGCUUCAGCUCCUCCACAGAUAAAUACAUCUACAAGUGUAACUACAUAUCAAGUUGAACCUCUUCUUGCCGCAAACACAUAUUGCUUCUUUGUUAGAACAGUAAAUGAUGGAGCAAAGGACAUCCAGGUCAGCGGGAACAGUAAUCAGUUGUGCUGUAGAACCAAGGCAGAUUCAUCAAGUGAACCGACAAGUGUAACAACAAAUGUUUUGUCAAGUAGAAACAUUUCUGUUACAUGGAACUAUCCAGACAAUCCAAAAGGAGAUAUAUUUGGUUACCGUUUACGUCUUAAAGUGAACGAUAUAUGUCAGGUGGAAAUAAUAUUCUAUUGUCAUGAAUGUCCUAAUGCACAAGACAUUCCAUACAAGGAUUGUGGAGAAGAUAAACAAAGACAAACAAUAAAUCUGAAUAAAAACCAAAUCAAUACAACCAUCAACUAUAUCGUUGAGCAAUUAUUACCAUACACUAAGUAUGAUGUGUGGAUUGCAGCACAUGAUACAGCAAAUGAUGGGAUGAGACAUGAUUCAGAAGUACAGACAAUAUCUGAAGUUCCACAGAAGCCUUUGAGUGUAAUUGCCUCAGUUAUGGGCUCAAGUGAAAUAGUACUAACAUGGAAACAGCCAUCACCUAGACCUGGAAUUACAACAUAUUAUAUCAAAGCAUAUGAAGUUGUUUUAAAUGCUCAACCAGCACUUGUCGAAUUAUCAAACACAACUGGUUUUAGCCCACAGACCACAACGUUUUCAGGAUUAGAAGCAUAUUGGAACUAUACAUUUUCUGUAGUGGCUGCUACAGACAAAGGCAAUAGUGAACAAUCUGAAAUGUCGGUUAUGGUGACUACACAUCAAGAUGCUCCUGGAAAAGUAACGAGUUUCAUAAUCAGAAGACCAACCAAUAUAUUGACAACAAUGCAAGUUUCGUGGGCUAUACCUUCAUUGCAAGAUAGGAACGGAAUUAUUAAAGAAUAUAAAAUUAGCCACAACGUCAGUGGGACAACAACAGUAGAAACCAUUGCUGCAGAUUCCGAGGUUUUCCAAAAACUGUAUUCCAUUACACCAGAUAGACAUUACCAGGUUGAACUUUAUGCAGUAAAUACAAUUAACCAAGCUGGAGAAAAAGAAAGGAAAAUUUAUUACGCAUCAUCAAAAAUUGAAACAAAUAAAGCAUUUUCAAUAGGGACAGUAAUAGGAGCUGCUGUUGGCUGUCUUUUAAUCGGUGUUCUUGUAACGGUGAUUUUAUUCUGUAUAAUAAUGAAAUCCAGAAGAAAUAAAAUAUCUAAAGAAUCAAGAUCAAGACAUGCGCUUCAAGAGCCAAAACUGUAAGUAGAAAGUUAUUAGUUGCCUAGUAAUAAUAGUAUUUGGUAGUGAUAUAUAAUAGAUGAUUUCAUUCAGAUAUCUAAUAUCUUAUA